CAGCCUCCAUGGCUGUGUUUAAAGUCCACCUCUGGGGAACACAGACUGACUGUACCGAUAAGCCCGGACACGGGGUUGUGUAUGUCCCCAGGGCUUCCUGGGACCCUGGCUGGGGUUGGGGACGAGAGCAGCCGCGAGGGUCUACUUGUGCGUGCAAGAUGAAGCUGCUCUGCGGCUUCUUCCUCCUGUGGCUUGGCCUGGUAGGGAACCUGGCUCAGAGUGACCCCAGCCCCAAGGAAGAGGAGUCCUUCUCUGACUGGGGCCUGAGGCAGCUGCGGGGCAGCUUCGAGUCUGUCAACAGCUACGUGGAUUCCUUCAUGGAGCUGCUGGGAGGGAAGAAUGGAGUCUGUCAGUACCGGUGUCGAUAUGGAAAGGCGCCGAUGCCCAGACCUGGUUACAAAGCCCAGGAGCCCAAUGGUUGCAGUUCCUAUUUCCUGGGUAUCAAGGUACCAGGAAGUAUGGACCUGGGCAUCCCAGCAAUGACCAAGUGUUGCAACCAGCUGGAUGUCUGCUACGACACCUGCGGUGCCAACAAAUACCGCUGUGACGCGAAAUUCCGAUGGUGCCUCCACUCAAUCUGCUCCGACCUCAAGCGGAGUCUGGGCUUUGUCUCCAACGUGGAAGCAGCCUGUGAUUCUCUGGCUGAUACCGUGUUCAACACCGUGUGGACCUUGGGCUGCCGACCCUUUAUGAACAGUCAGCGGGCAGCCUGCGUCUGUGCAGAGGAGGAGAAAGAAGAAUUGUGAAGAGGAGGUGGCUCUUCCAGGCUUUGAGGCACAUCGGGGCGGUUUCAGAGACGGCUGUGUGACAAGAGAGCCGCCCUUUCUUCAAACCCUUCGGAAACCACGAGCUGGGAAAGGGAAGCAGCAGGCCUUGUCCUUUGAGGAAAGUUAAGAAAAAGACACGCAGAGUCUGAAGACUGUUUGCUCUCCCCAGCCGAGAACCAUGUGCCUGGAAAUCGAGAACCAUGUGCCUGGAAAUUCAGUUCUUAGCGGAAGGACCGCUACAAGUAGAUCCCGCUAUUCCUAGAUCUGGUCAUGACAGUCAUAAGCGAAAUCUGGGGGAGCCCAAACAUUUGGGACAUAAUGACUUUUCUCUGGCCCAUGUUUCAGCUGCCAGUUGACACCUCACAUUUAAUAAAGCACACUUUUUAGAAAACUC